UAUUCAUGUUUUGUAAUAUUUGGACAAUAUUGUCAUAAAAUACAUCUCUUUAUGUAUGUUUCUGCUACUCUGAAUACAUACAAAUAUUUAGGCGGUGAUAUGAAUAUUCAUAACUUUUAUGUAUUUGGAACAGCACAGUUUACAAAUUGAAUGUUCUGUCAUCUGAUAUAUAUGUACUUAAGUAUCGUAUAGCUAUGGCCACAGUUGAGGCAACAGUAAAUAAGGAAAAAAGUAACUUUUUGGCAGCAUAUCACAUCUUAAAAUUUUCCCAAGCCAAUAAGGAUGACACAGAGAUUGUUGACAUUGAGCGCAGAUGUAUUGCUACAAAGUAUUUGACUGCAAAACAAUACGAAUCAGAAGACAUGGCAACAUGUUUGCUCCGAAGGGGCCUAGAAGAAUAUCAGAGUCUAAUGGAGAACAGAAAUGGGAUUAACAAUUAUUGGAAACAGUUUAAGACACAGACUCCUAAAAUCAGUAAUAAUCCACAAAAAUGGAAGUCUGGAUUAAGUGAUAUAAAGACAGCACUUAAUUUUGUAAAACCUCUACCUUGCCAAAAUGACAAUACAGAGUCAUGUCAGGGGAGAACGUUUAAUGAUAGGCACAUAGAAAAUAUUAUAAGUACUUGGAAGAAUAAAGAAUCCUCAGUACGGAAUAGGAAAGUCAGUAUGCAAGCAAAAUCAAAUUUCCAUUCAGGGAAAAGUGUGGAUAUGAAAGCAAGGCUUGAAGAUAAUAUUCAAUAUGAAGUGGACCGAUCAUCUUUUUCAUCGUGUAAUUCUGCAGAUGAAAACAGUAUUAUUGAAGUAAGUUAUAAGAGACAGAUGCCCAAAUCUUAUUCAAAGAAUCAGGAAAAUCAGAUCUUUGCACCUCAGCAACGAUCUGUUAAGUUUGAAUCUAAAAUGCAACCAAAGUUUACAAGAGAGGACUCGUAUAAUGUACCAAAAAAUAAUCAUGAACCGUCGAACGAUUAUAAAGAAGAAGAUUCUGAAGUACCUAAACCGAAAUUCAACUGCUUCAAGACAGCUAGGGACGAAUUAAGCAUACAGCAGAUGAAAGCUAACAGACCUAGCCAAAAGAAAACUCUAGGUGGUAAACCAUCCAUUAAUUCUAAAUUCGUGUGUCCGUUUAAACGCGAAAAGGACAAAGACAUGCAAGCACACGAUAACAUGUAUAACAACGACACUGAUACAAUGGAAGUAGAGGAUGAAAGGCUGAAGAACAUAGAACCAAAAAUGGUUGAGUUGAUCAGGAAUGAAAUAAUGGACAGCAAGACAACCAUUUCGUGGGACGAUAUAGCUGGCCUGCAAUACGCGAAGAAAAUAAUUAAGGAAGUAGUUGUGUACCCAAUGUUGAGGCCUGAUAUUUUUACUGGUUUACGUAGACCCCCUAAAGGAAUUUUAUUGUUUGGACCUCCAGGUACUGGUAAGACGCUUAUAGGAAAGUGCAUAGCUUCCCAGAGUAAAUCAACGUUCUUCUCGAUUUCUGCGAGCUCUUUAACUUCAAAAUGGAUAGGGGAAGGAGAAAAAAUGGUCAGAGCGUUGUUCGCUGUUGCUAGAGUGUACCAGCCGUCCGUUAUUUUUGUGGACGAGAUAGAUUCUUUGCUGACCCAAAGAUCUGAAACCGAACAUGAAAGCUCUAGGAGACUGAAAACCGAGUUUUUAGUACAACUGGAUGGAGCCGCCACUGCGGAGGAAGAUCGUAUUUUAAUAGUUGGAGCGACAAACAGGCCUCACGAAUUGGAUGAAGCGGCACGUAGACGACUCGUUAAACGGCUUUAUGUUCCUUUACCAGAAUUCGAAGCUCGUAAACAAAUCAUAAAUAAUUUAUUGGCAACAGUUCCGCACAAUCUCACGGAAGAAGAGGUCGACAACGUAGCUGAACAAUCAAAGGGAUAUUCGGGGGCGGAUAUGUCCAAUUUAUGCAAAGAAGCUAGUAUGGGACCAAUUAGAAGUAUUCCAUUUAGCCAGUUAGAAAAUAUUAGAAAAGAAGAUGUUAGACAUGUUACAGUUGACGAUUUCAAAGAUGCAUUGAUUCAUGUACGCCCCAGCGUAUCUGAAUCCAGCUUAACAACUUAUGUUGAGUGGGAUUCUAUAUAUGGAACUGGAACAGCACAGAACUAUAAAGUAUAAUAAACCAAUUAGGUAAUAAACAUAUUAGGUGUUACUUUGUUAAAUAUCACAAUAUAUUUUUG